AUGGUGAACGAGGACAAACCAGGCACUGGAGCAGGCAACCCAGCGGUACCGGAACAGCAGCAGGAAGCCAACGUGGACACCCUAAACCUGCCACGACUGAGCCCGCCGGUGAUGACGCAAUCCAACAUCGAGUCAUACUUCAUGUCAUUGGAGUUCUGGUUUGCCGCUUCCGGUAUUGGAAAUGCCCACGACACCAAGAAGUACAACAUCGUCAUGGCACAAGUGCCACCAAGCAAGUUGACGGAGUUACGUUCCAUUAUUGAAGCCGUCCCGCCUGCCAACAAGUACGUGUAUAUCAAGAUGAAGCUGAUUGAACACUUCGCCGACAGUCAGCAGAAACGUUUGCAGCUCGUAUUGUCUGAUAUGCCGCUUGGUGACAUGAAACCGAGCCAACUUUUCAACGAAAUGAGGAGAGUGGCUGGAAAUUCGUUUUGUGAACCCGUGCUGCUCGACCUGUGGGCCUCCAGACUUCCACCGCAUGCCCAAGCUGCCGUGAUUGCCUCCAAGGGGGACCCGACAGAAAAAGCUACCAUCGCAGAUGCCAUCGUGGAAUCCAUGGGCCUUCGUAGCAUCAACACCAUCGGUGCGAGCGCACCGAGCACACCAGCAGCGACCGCUAAAGUUACAACAGAAUCGCCUCCUGACAGAAUUGAAACGCUCCAGCGGGAAAUCGCUCAACUGACCAGGAUGAUCAACAAAAUGUUCCGCUCAAGCGAAAACCCACGGGAGCGAUCACGUUCCCGCAGCCGAAGCAAAGUGAGUAAAUUUCGUGAUAAUGAACCGUCCUAUGACGUCUGCUGGUACCACUCUAAGUACGGAGGGGAAGCACGACGGUGCCGUAAACCGUGUUCCUUCGGACUAGCAACCAAGCCCAGCAACCAACAAUGA